AUGACGUCGCCCGCUUCGCCGCGCCUUCCCAGCCCGCCGCCCAUCCCAGAAGACCAGCUUUCGCCGGUAUCCGCGUCGCCAGAGCAGCAGAAGCUCUUCAGCAAUCUCGACCAUGCCGCCGAACGGAGAAUACGACCGGGGACUAAGGCGGAGGACAUGGCGGAGGGGCCGCCGCUGGUAGAGUUAUCAGAGAUUGACUCGGCAUUCCAACUUACAGAGCACCUCAAAGCCCUCCACCACUCGCUCACGCACCCCGCCGGCUCGAAUGGCACUGUGCCGGUAGACAGAAAUAUGGCAUUGAAGAUAGCACAAUCACCCGCCAAUGUGGACAGGACGCUGUGGCUAUACGAACUCUGCCGCUUCCUCAUACAAAAGGUCAACUCCAUCAUUACCGCCCUCUUCGCCGACGACCCACCAUGCUCGUCCCUGACGUGUCCCGAGAUGCGCGCUUCCGAGUGGCAGUACCUUUGCGCAGUACACGACCCGCCAAAGUCAUGUUGUGCCAUCGACUACUGCUGCCACACGCUCGACUGGGCGGCUAACACCCUCACAUCACCCAAGCACUUUCCUUCACGGCUCGCGCUAGGCACAGACUCGUCAACGCAGCACUCGCAAAUGCGCCAGUUGACCAACAUCUUCAGGCGCGUAUACAGAAUCUUUGCGCACGCAUGGUACUCGCACCGAGAAGUCUUUUGGAAGGUCGAGGGACGUACGGGAUUAUACAUAUUCUAUAAGACGGUCUGCGAUGUAUACGGUCUGGUACCAGAGGACAACUACACCAUCCCUCCUGAGGCGGAGGGUAUUGAGCCAUCAACAGAGGUCAAGCCGUCAGCGCCACCUCUGAUUAUGAAGCGAGAGCCCUCUGAUUCGACAUCAGAGAUUUCAAGUAACACACUGGCAGACGGAAUGUCUGAUCAUUCGCUAUCAACAGCUGGAACAACGAAGCGACAUAGGCAUUCGCCAUCAGUUGGCGCCACGGCCGUUCAAACAGUUGUAGAGGAGAAUGAGGAAGAGGAGGAGCGACCAGUUCUUCAAGCGCGACCAGUCACUCAAAUCUUUGAAUCGGCACAGGAGGAUGAGGAAGAGGAGGAAGCCGAUAGCGACGGCGACGUCACGGCUAUUGAAGAUAACAACGAAGAUGAUGAUGACGAAGAUGAUGACGAGGACGAGGACGAGGACGAGGACGAGGCUGAAGCUGCAGAGGAGAUAACACAAGCAGAUGCCAAGGAUCCCACGACUGAAGCAGCCAAGGAAGACGCGGGCGAAGAGAAGGCAGCGGGUACAACGACCGAGGUAGAAGAAAAGAAAGAUGGAGAUGCCGCCACAGAGCCAGCGACUACUGAGAAUGCUGAGGCCAGUGCUUCGGACGCCCAAGACGACGAAAAUGAACCAUCGAAAGAUGAUAGCAAGCCAGAUGCCGAAGGGUCAGAGGAGGCGAAGAAGGUUGAUUCUGCUGCAGAAUCGGCUGAUGAAGAGGGUGGUGCGAAGGCCCAAGAUUAG